UCCAUCGGCGUCUCGCCACUAGUUCCAGAUUUCCAGAUCCUCGCCAUGUCGGAGACCGCUCCCGCAGCCCCAGCCGCCGCGCCCCCCGCGGAGAAGGCGCCCGCCAAGAAGAAGACGGCCGCUAAGAAGCCCGCCGGGGCGCGCCGCAAGGCGUCGGGACCCCCGGUGUCCGAGCUCAUCACCAAGGCCGUGGCCGCCUCCAAGGAGCGCAGCGGCGUGUCCCUGGCCGCGCUCAAGAAGGCGCUGGCGGCCGCCGGCUACGACGUGGAGAAGAACAACAGCCGCAUCAAACUGGGGCUCAAGAGCCUGGUGAGCAAGGGCACCCUGGUGCAGACCAAGGGCACCGGCGCCUCCGGCUCCUUCAAGCUCAACAAGAAGGCGGCUGCCGGCGAGGCCAAGCCCAAAGCCAAGAAGGCGGGCGCGGCCAAGGCGAAGAAGCCCGCGGGCGCAGCCAAGAAGCCCAAGAAGGCGACCGGGGCCGCCACACCCAAGAAGGCCGCCAAGAAGACACCGAAGAAGGCGAAGAAGCCCGCGGCGGCCGCCGUGACCAAGAAGGUUGCCAAGAGCCCCAAGAAGGCCAAGGUCUCCAAGCCCAAGAAGGUCAAGAGCGCGUCCAAGGCGGUGAAGCCCAAGGCUGCCAAGCCCAAGGUCGCCAAGCCCAAGAAGGUUGCAGCCAAGAAGAAGUAGGCUGUCGCCCUCCGCAAUCCAAAAGGCUCUUUUCAGAGCCACCACCCACCACUAAGAGCUGUGACAUUUGUGUGGUCACCUCCCCGGGUCUUGAUU